AAUAGUUUUUAUUAUCGCUAUUAUUACUCACAACUGAAAAUUAUGACUGAGAAAGUAACUGCGCGAUGCAGCUGGGCCCAAACAGCUGGCAAAGAGCUGCAACAGGUGAUACCCACACGGCACUCGGACGAAGAUGUCUUUGAAAAGCCCGACUUGGACGAUGUUAUCGAUGAGGAACGCGCUGUUUUGUUCUCGAACAACGACUGCCCGUCAAUACCCUGUGAACUGCAAUUUAAAAUAUCGCCAAAUUUUAAAAUUGCCGCCAUAACGCUUGUGUGCAGCGCACCCAAAGUGGAGGUCUUUGUUGGGCCCACACAGGAGUAUCUGGAGACCAUCUAUGGCACCAGCAUUGAAGAGCAAGAGGCGGAUAUACCCAUACGACCCUAUCGUUACGAUGUCGAAAUCGAUCGCUCUGGCAUAGCCGAGAUUAAUCUGAAGCUACUAACCUCUGCCAAGGAGAUUUGUGUUUAUGGCGCUAUGCUGCACAUAGCUCCGAAUCCGAAUGGUAUUACCACUCAGCAGCAAAAGCCAUUUGAUAUACAGAAGAUACAGGAGUUGCUGCAAAAAGGCGGCACGAGCGGCUCGCCCAAUCAGGCCGAUGAAAAUGAUGAGAAGUUGCAAAAGUUUCUGUGCAUGAUGAAAGGCCUUUCGUGCCCAGCACAGCCUAAUCCAAUGCCACCAGCCGCUGCCGCUGAUAUCAGUCCAAGUGUACAGCAGCAAGUCGACGCCAAGUUCGAGCAGCUGCAGCUCACAAUUACUAAAAGACUGGAUGAAUUCGAAGCGCAGCAAACCGCAAAGCUGGACAGAAUUAUUGCAAUGCUCGAAAAGAAAAACUAAUUGCUGAAUAUUAUA